AACAGAGAGGAAGGCACAAAAAUCAGUUCUCCGCGAUUCGUUCCUUCGUCCAGUCGUUCGUGGGAGUUGCUGCCGCUGUGCUGUGCCGUUGAGAGAUCUCCCCCCUUCUUAGAAGCUUCUAAACUCGGUGGGCUCUUUGUAAAUGUAAAUACUAACACAGCAGGCUUAGUCGUUGCUUUUAUGAGUGAGUUGGUAAAGUUUCGGCCCGUUCUAAUGUUUUCGUCGUCGUCGUCGUCGGGACUUUGAAGAGUAUUCUUGUGGCACUUUUUGGUCUUUUUGGCCUCAGUUCGCACACCUUUCUUUGUGUGGAGCUUUUUUUUCGGGGGACUCUUCUUCCCUUGAGUGGUGUGCUGGUUCCGUGACUCGUCCACGAAGGACAGACGAUGAAGUGGACGCGAUAAUAACCGAUUUCGAAAGAUUUUGGAAACCUCCAGAGAGAGGUAGAGCAAAGAUCGAACCGCAGGAGAUGAUUAAUUCAUAGCGAUCGUCGUCGUCGUCACGGUGUGUGUCAUAAAUAACUUGGGUCAACUGCCCCCUGGCCAUUGAGACGGGAAGCCGAAAGAGAACACGAGAGAGAGGGAGAACCUGCCACCAGAAAGUUAGGAAAUUCCAACGCAGCUCGCGACCUGCUGCUAUUUACGUAUUUAAGUAGAAAGAGAUUAAGCCACCGUGUACACAGACUGAGUCAUUCUCCCACUGAUAGUCUACGCUAGAAAGGACAAACAAACCCACGAAAAGAUGUUGAAAACGAAAUCUCAACAGCAGAAGAACAUUCUCAACACCAUCAUCAGCGUUUUGCCGGACAAUCGACCCAUCACGUCCCUUCAGCUGGUCGAAGAUUACGAGCGCUGUCCGGCGAACUUUGCCCCGAUCAAUAAAACCUACGACCAGGAUCAGGAUGCGGACCUGUGGCGAGAAAAUAUUCUCUUCGGGAAGAAAACCUCCCGCUACCUGUGUCAAUCGAAGACGGAAGGCCUCCCGGAUUACAUCCUGGAAACGCUGCGGGUAAUUGGCGAAAAGGAAGCCCUGCCGGAGGGGUUUUCGCAGUUGACACGAACGGCCGAUUCGGAGCAGAAGGCUUGGCGCAAACGUCAGCUGGUGUACCGGUUGGCGAAGAAGGGAGUCGCCAAGCAGGCCAUCACCGAUAUCAUACUGUGUUCGAGGUUGCGGCAGGCGCCGGAGGGAUUCACGCUGGCGGGCGAAAUCAACGGCAUUCUGAUCUGCUACAAAACAUCACUAAUAGCCCACCGCGCCCCACCCGGCGUCCCGUCCCGCCAGAGCAUCACCGAUCUCGAGCGUACCAUCGAAGAUUUGAAGAUUCAAGCCGGCCAAGAGAAUCCACUCUAUCCAGCGGUGCCAUCGGAUCCGUCCGAUCAUGACUACGAGCAGCUGCGGAUGUCGUACCAAAUUUCCCCCAAACGGCCCGCACCCAAACCGCCGGCGUACUCCACCGGAACGUUGAACGUUCACACCGAGGUGGAAGGAGUUCCGUUCGUGCUGAAUCCGGCCCUCUCCCGGCAGUCUUUCGAGGUUCCGUCGCUGUACGAGCCCAGCAGCUCGAAGCUCGAGUACGACUUCCACCUGGAACGGCAGAUUCUCUGCACCACCAAGACAACGAAUGCUCAAAACAAGAAUCCGUUCUUCCACUAGCCGUUGGUGGUCGUCGAAUCAAUAUUCUCAAGUAGGUGAAUCCCCUCUUCCACGCAGAACCACACUUCCCAGAAAGGUUGUUUUUCACACGUUUGUCUCCCGUUGAUCCAUGUUUGAGAGCCACAAAAAAAAAACAAAA